CUCCAGUCAUGAGCACAAUCGAAACUGGCGCAAAUGUACGUCUAGCGAACCACCCAAUCGCCAGAACCAAGGCGGUAGCUGUUUCUCCACUCGCACAAGGUUCUCUGAUUAUUUCCAUCGAUUCGUUGGCGACCGUUCUUUUACCCUCUGAAAAAGGUAGAAGAUGUGACGCCUGCCAUACAAUACCUACGUCUCUACGGAAGUGCUCAGGAUGCGCAUCAUUCUACUACUGUGAUACUUCAUGCCAGUCAAUGCAUUGGAAAACGUUCCACAAGCGAAUGUGCAAACAUUUCAAUCGAUAUACAACUUCGUCUUCUUUCCAAGCACUCGCUGCUCACGAGAAGAUGGACGCACUUUUAUUGUCUCAUCUGGCUGUCCUCGUACCUUCCCAAGAAGUCCGAGAAGAAGGCAGUUCCGCCUUGGCUGUAUUCAUGUCUUUACUGCCGGGUUCCGUAGAGGUUGCCACCCCGCCUAUAUGCACAAACGGAUCUCCUCCCUCACCUGAAACCUUGCGCUUUCUCUUCUCACGAUUCGGCAACAAUAAUUUUGCCAUGCAUUCCCAUUUCAAUACCUUUGGCCACGGAAUUUUCCCCCUCGGCAGUCGAUUAUUCAAUCAUUCUUGCUUGCCCAACGCUGCGGCGAAGUACAUCAUCUCUCCGUCGCAUCCGCCAAAAAUGCAUGUUGUUGCCCUCAGAAACAUUGACCCUGGAGAGGAAAUAUGUCUAACUUACGUAGAUCCUGCGCUCCUACAAUCGCGGCAGCAAAUUUUCGAGUUGACCUACGGAUUUAAAUGCCGCUGUUCUUCAUGUAUUUUUGUCGAAGGACUGGGUCACAUUCCUGAGUUGCCCAGUGAUCCAGACGGCGUUGCGCGGGUGGUUAGGAAAUUGCGCGAGUUCGUGCCUGCUUCAAGUCAUGAGCUGUUCAGCAAAACCAAAAAACUCCCGGACGAGCUACUCUGUAUCUUCCACGAGUCUUUCCUGUCAAGAAUCUCGGAAACAUUUAGCAAUGCUUCUCAUGAUGGCCCAUAUGACUUGGCCCUCGAUGUCGGUGAAACUAUGCUACAGAUCUAUCAACUUAUCUAUCCAGAAAACUAUCCUCAGAUCGGACUGCAUUUGCUAGAAAUGGCGAAGACAGGAUGGAAUCAGGUUGUCAGUACAGGAUCAUCCAACGUGGACCGACCGCGCAAAUAUGUCAAACAGGCACGUCAGAUACUUCUGAUUAUUGGUGCAGAGGGCGAUGAUGGCGGCCCCUUGAAGGAGAUCCAGACUCUCGAAGAUCUUUUGAAUACUCAGUAAGCACGGACCAAGCAUCGGUGCGUUGAAAACACAAUUAUAUAGAAUCUGUCACUGGUGUAAGUAAUAAGACUGCACGUGUACUUGAAUAGGCGAGAGAGAGGCGUUAUCCUUAUCACAAAGUCCGAGGAGGAAAAAAAUGGUCUGACACGUAUGUACUGUAGAUAACGUUGCUACAGGACCGAAUACAUAUUCAAGAUACAGUCGGACUACCCCUUUUUCCUUCCCUUAAAUAAAUCGACCU